UUUUUUUAGCAAUAUAAUGCAAAACCUUCUACUUCAACUUUAUCCAUAUCUAUAUCUAUCUAAAUAUUUCUUCGCUUCAUGGAAAAGAAACUUCUCAUGCACAAAUUCAUCUUCACAACAAUGAACAAAAACUGUAACAUACUUUUAACAUUACUUUAGUGUAUUAUGGUAUCUUCGUAUUUGAGUUAUGGAAUCUGCUAGGACUAUGUUUUGUUCUUCUCCACUUUGUCCUCCAAGAACUCACCAUUGGAACACUCUUCCUUCAUCUUCUUAUACUUCUGUUUUGAUGCUCCGGGAACAAGUUGCGCCUACAGUCACCGCCUGGUGUACUAGUUAUUCAUCUCAGAACUUUCCUACUUCAGUUCUAUUACAAGAGCAGUGUGAUGAGUAUAGGCCUCUAUUGCAUAUUUCUAAGAAAGACAAGACAUGUCAGGCGACAUUAAAUACAAGACAGAUGGAUAUGGUCUCGGUUCAAGAAAAGAAUGACACCAGCAACACUGAUCAGGUAGCACGUGACUUCAGGCAGCACCUGCAUCUCUUGCCUCGUCUAGAGAACUUAUUAACUUCCUCACAAACAGGAGAAAUGGACGGUUCUUCAACUUUACAACAUGCAGAUAGUUUGCAGUGUAAUGCAGUUUCUCUCUCAAAACAAGCAGCCUCGGUAGCUGAAGACUUGAUAUCAAUUAAAGCUGACGAGGAUGCUGAUAAUUCAAUUCCUUUUGGUCUAGCCUCUUCCAGUUCGGCUGAACCUUUACUUGGAGGCAAUAAAACCGUAAGGUCUACACGACUUCGAGAGAGACGAGCAAAAGAGAGAAAGGUUCCAAAGUUAAAAGUUAAAGAUAAAGAAACUUACCUUGACGGAAAAGAUGCUGCAGAAGAAAAGUUACAAGUACAAAAGAAGAUAAGUAAAGGAAUGAAUCAAAGCGAUCCCUUGAACAAGUUUCUGCAGAGUCCUGAAUCGAAGCAACUUUUGACUUCUGAACAAGAGUCUCAGUUGGUUGUUCAGAUACAGGAGUUAUUGAGAUUGGAAGAUUUGAAGACAAGUCUUCAAUCUCAAUUUGGAAGGGAACCGACUAUGGCUGAAUGGGCUGAGGGUGCAGGGCUUAACUGUCGGAAAAUGAAGGCGCAACUUCGUUGUGGUAACAGAAGCAGAGAAAAAUUGAUUCAAGCAAAUUUACGCUUGGUACACUACAUUGCUAAAAGUUACCAAGGGCGUGGUCUCAGCAUUGAGGACUUAUUACAGGAGGGAAGCACAGGCCUCAUAAAGAGUAUUAAAAAGUUUAAAACUCAAGCCGGGUGCCGAUUUGCUAGUUAUGCAUAUUGGUGGAUAAAACAAGCAAUAAGGAAGGCCAUAUAUAAUCAUUCCAGGACAAUCCGUCUACCGGAGAAGGUAUAUAAUAAACUUAGCAAGGUAUUGGAGGCAAAGAAAUUGUACAAGGAAGAGGGAAAUCUUAACCCAACCAAAGAAGAAUUAGCAAGAAGGGUAGGAAUUUCACCAGACAAGGUUGACAGGUUACUGUUUGUUGCAAGAAUUCCAAUUUCUAUGCAGAACACUGUGGGAUCUGAGACAGAUACAACUUUCCAGGAGAUUACUGCAGAUUGUGCAAUUGAGAGCCCAAACAUGAGUGUUGCAAAACAGCUGAUGAGACGACAUGUGCUCAAUGUCUUAAAUAUCUUACGCCCUAAAGAAAGAAGGAUAAUUCGGCUAAGAUUUGGUUUUGAAGAUGGAGAAGAGAAAUCUUUAUCAGAAAUUGGGGAAAUAUUUGGUUUAUCUAGAGAAAGGGUCCGUCAGUUAGAGAGCCGGGCACUCUACAAGCUCAAGAAGUAUCUUGUUGGUCAAGGACUUGAUGCCUAUGCAGACCUUCUUAUAUAGAAGAGAAUACGCCAAGGUUAUGCAUUUCAGUUUAUAUGGUUGUGUCACAAACUUUUUUCUGGCUACUUUUUGAACUGUAGUACCUAGAUCGAGUUUUUAAAGGUGAAUUAAACACUAAACUGCUGCAGUUGAGGACAAAUCAGAGGGCCUAAUGGCUGACAGCUGCGGAAGAGAUCGAAGUAUUAAACAGGCGAGGGUUAUAUACAAAUGAGAACAUCUAUAGUAAAAAAUGAUUCAAUGACAUUUAUUCCGAAAAUAAACAUCAAAUAAAUGGUAUUUAUAUAUGUACAAUGUGGAUUUUGUAUUAUUUUAUUGAUUUUCACAUUCCCUCAUGGUGCUUAUGUUAAAUGUGGUCAUUGUAAUA